CCGCAACACCCGGCUGCGGAAAAAGGCUUACACGAAGAAAUUGAAGGAGCUGGUGGACGACUUGGAACGGCAGCGGGAGGAGGAAGACAGGGCCAAGGACGUGCUGGCCUCCCGGGCCUUGGAGGAGGUUCACCACCGAAACACCGUCGUCCACUCCUUCCUACACUGCCGAGCCCGGGACGAACGCGACCGAAGGAAAUGGGCCCAGGUCCUGGACGAGGACUGCGUGCUCACGCUGCCAAUCACCCCCUACCGUUUUUUCCCCCGGGGGGAGGUGCACAAGGGGGUACGCGUCGUCCAAGG